AUGGCCAAGGCACUGAGGAGGUCUAACCGAACGGACACAACUAGAGCCAAUAAUGCUCACAACCCCUUUGCAAUCACCGAUGAAGAACGUCGUCUACUUCACUUUCCCAGUACAGAGGUGGGAGCCAUCAAUUUGACUACCGUCACAAAUCUUAUGGCGGAGCUUCUCAACUGCGCUACAGAAUCAGCCAGUGUGCUCACUGAUGCUGAGGUUGAAUUGUUAAUGAUGAUAUGCCUGGAGAGUACAAAUCCAGAACAUUACCUUCGAAGCAGUCAUCUGCUCGCCGUCUAUGAGGGUUGCUGCGCUCUGUUUCUUCAAGCCUCUGCGGUACCACUUACCAAAACUAUCCCGACAGCCCCAACUACCUCCCUUUUAGCUACCAUCAAGAUGUACUCCUCAAUUGUUCUUAUCAUGACAUUGGCUCUUGCAGGCAUCACCAUUGCAACUCCAACUUGGGUCUCCGGCCGUGCGCCUCUCGGUCAAAUGGUCAAGCGCAAUGAGUGGUGCAACGGCACUUACGACAGCGCACCCUAUUGGGGUAUUUGCACCAAUAAUUGUCAGUUCAAGCCUGCCAUCUCAGGUUGUGUCUUACAGGAUUGGGAUUGCAUCAACGAGUGCUAUUGCCACUGCAGUAUAAAGUUCUGCCAUGGUGGCAAGCCCGCGAACAAUGGCACAGGAGGUAUCUGGAAAUGA